GUUUAUGAUGGUGGUUUUUAUUUUAUUAAAUUAAAGCAAGAGUUUUUCAGUUAUAUUUUGUAUUGCUAUUAUGAGGCGCCACCUACAGCUGAGUAUUAAACAGCUAACCGAAAGUUACAUCAAUGGACAAUUGUCUCCACUGUCGGUGGCGGAGCAAGCGCUGGCACAGUCCACUAACCUAAAGACGUUGAACGCCUUUGUGUGCAUUGCAGCCGAGCAGGCGUUACAGCAGGCCAAGGAGUCGGUUCGCCGGUAUGCGGAGCAGAAGCCAUUGAGCAGUCUGGAUGGCGUUACCGUAGCCAUUAAGGACAAUUUCUGUACAAAGAAUAUAGCCACAACUUGCGCUUCACGCAUGCUAAAGGAUUUUGUGCCGCCCUACGAUGCGACUGUCUGCUCGCGUUUAAAAGAAGCCGGCGCCGUUAUAUUGGGCAAGACGAACAUGGAUCAAUUUGCUAUGGGUGCCGGCACAGUGGACUCCAUCUAUGGGCCAACCAAGAACAUAUGGAGUGAGUCCUUUAGUGAGGACAAUUGGCGCAUAGCAGGCGGUAGUUCGGGCGGCUCCGCAUCAGCUGUUGCUGCUGGUUUGUGUUAUGCAGCGAUUGGCUCUGAUACGGGCGGAUCAACGCGCAACCCCGCCUCCUAUUGUGGCGUAGUGGGACUAAAGCCAACAUAUGGUCUUUGUUCUCGCUACGGUCUCAUACCACUUGUUAAUUCAAUGGAUGUGCCCGGCAUAUUAACCCGAUCGGUAACCGACUGUGUUGAGCUGCUUAAUACCAUAGCCGGUCCGGAUAUACAGGACUCGACGACAAUAAGAAGGCCAUACAAGAAACUAAAAUUACCAGAAAUUGAUCAAAUUGAUUUGCGUUCUCUGCGCAUUGGCAUACCCAAAGAAUAUAACUGCGAGGGACUUUCGUCUGAAGUCCUGGAAACCUGGACCAAGGUGGCGGACCUACUGGAGUGCGCAGGUGCCAGCGUUCGACAGAUAUCAUUGCCUCACACUGCGGCCAGCAUAUUCGUAUACUCCAUACUGAAUCAAUGUGAGGUUGCUAGUAAUAUGGCGCGGUACGAUGGCAUCGAGUAUGGACACCGAGCAGCAGACGAGCGAAGCACUGAGCAGCUCUAUGCACAGUCUAGAGCUGAAGGCUUUAACCAGGUGGUCAAGACGCGCAUAUUAACGGGAAACUUUCUGCUACUGCGCAAAAACUAUGAUCACUAUUUUGAGAAGGCUUUGCGUGUGCGUCGUUUGAUCGCUGAAGAUUUUAUUAAAGUGUUCGAGCCACCGACAACCGAGGACCAAGUGGAUAUAUUAUUAACGCCCACAACGCUAAGUGAAGCGCCUGUCUACAAGGACUUUGCCGCUCUGAGCAACCGCGAUCAGUGCGCCGUACAGGACUUUUGCACACAGCCAGCCAAUAUGGCAGGAAUCCCAGCUGUCUCGAUACCUAUACGACUGUCCAGAGCCGGCUUGCCGCUUAGUCUUCAGCUGAUGAGCAAUAACCUGAAUGAGCAGCUGCUGCUUACAGUGGCUCGUUGGAUUGAGGCACAGGUGGAAUUCGAUUGCCUAGAGAGUUUGCAGCGACAUGCGGCAUGCAUACGAACUUAAUUAUGUAAAUACA